CGGGCGGCGGGCGGAGCUUGACAAAGUUUUGACAGGCCGUUUCUCUGUAGAAGUACGCAUGGGAACCUAAGAAAUGGAGAAGUGCAAUUGUGAUUCCAGAGGGAAAACUGAAACAGGAAGCUCAGACCUCCCCUAAAUGAGGUGUGAAAGUUGACAGACAGUGACUAAUUCAGAGGAAAACAGCAGAUCAUUCAGAAAAAAGCAGAUUCAAUGUCCAGGCUUUCAGACGUAGUUGAGCGCUCAUCUGAGGCGAGACAGUACAUGUUUAAGGGUGUAGGAACAGGAAGCUUUCACACUAAGGAUGAGAAUGGUGAACUCGCGAGCAAUAAUGAUGGUCUGUUGGAGAACAGCAAAAUUAAGGUUAAUAACAAGCUAACUGAGAGUGAACUGUCGGCUCUUAAUGAUCAUCCAUCGGGCAACGAUAACCCAAAGGGGAACGUUGCCAUUUUCAGCCGGUUGUUUAAAAUAACUAAAACGUGGACGAGACUCCCUGCACAAGAGGAAGAGCCAUCAUUACAACAUGGAGAACUCUCAGCUGGCAAUCACAACAAAACACAAAACAACAACACCACGGAAGAACCAGCAUUGAAAAAUUAUGAUUUUUCAGGCAGUGACAAUCUUGAGGGAAAUUCCCUGUUUAAUUUUCUCAAAACAAUUCCUAGAGGAGCUGAGGAUACUUCUGAAGAGGACAGCCCACCGUUACACAUUAAACUGCUGGCCUGUAAUGACAAUCUAUUAUAUCUCUCCAACAACAACUUAAAGGAUAACUCAGCAAAGCUAAGUGGCACUUUCCGCAGUUCCCCAAAACCAGCGUUACGUUUUCCUGCUGAAACGGACCCGCUAAGUGAGCACAGUGAAUUUACAGACUGGGAUUAUAAUUUCUUGGACACUGGCGUUGAAAAGAAAUCUGUACCCAGAAAAUACCAUGACAAGAAACUCUCUAACAGUAAUAACAAAGUUGUGUCAUUUAGAGUGAAGAGAACUCUACCUAGAAUGUCCACAUUUUCAUCCAGUACGCAGGAUUCAGAUCAAGAAGAUAUGAUUGAGGAGCCAAUGGAAAUGCAGCAACUGGGGACAAAUGAGGACUGUACUUUUGAAAUCCUGCCACUGGAGAUGGCUGCCUACCCAACAGAUUUAAAUUAUUUAGCGACAGAUGAGGAUGAUGACCUGAUGGACUGGUGGAAAACUGUUGAGGGUUGGAGUGAAUGGAAUGAAACAGCACAUUUUCAGGAGGAUGACGAGGAGCUGGCUGUCGAGGCUGCUGCAGACCGUGUGUUCAGGGCUGCCCGUCUCUUUGUCAGUCUGUUCAACCAGCGUGGGGCAUCUCUGCAACGUCAUAUUUUAGAGUUGCUUGCUCUGGCAGACACUGCUGACAGCUUUCAUAAGAAGACUGUGAGUGCAGCUGUUGGAGGGGGCGUAGCUAGUGUGGCAGGGGGCAUAGCCACCAUUACUGGACUCAUCUUGGCACCCUUCACCUUUGGCACUUCCACUAUCGUUACUGCGGUGGGUGUCAGUGUGGCAACAGCUGGAAGCAUCACCUCAGCCACAGCUAACAUCACCGAUGCGGUUCAAUCCAAGAUGGAUCGCAAGAAGGUGGAGAAGAUGAUCCAAGGCUACCAGAAUGAGAUCAGUGACAUCAGAGAUUGUCUGGAGUUCAUGCAGGAAGGAAUGAACACCCUACAGGAAUGGGAUUUUAAGAGGUACUCUGAGAGUGUGGUCAACACGAGUCUUAGUCGUAACAUAAAGCAUGUGAUGAAGGAAGGUGGACGAGCAGGUAGAGCCCUUAUGAUAAACACAGAUAGGCUUAUCAACACUGUGAAAGUUCUAGGUGUUGCUGGAGGUGCUGCUAAAGCCGCCAAGGCCGUCAGUAUCACCACAGGGGUCAUGUCCACUCUCUUCCUUGCCCUGGAUGUCUUCUUUCUCGCCAAAGACUCCAAUGAACUUCGCAAAGGUGCUAAGACCAAAUUUGCCUCCAAGCUCCGAGAAGUCUGCAAAGAGCUUCAACAUGGCCUACUAGAACUAAACAAAGUGAAGACUCAGCUUCAAAAGACCAUGGAUGGAAUUGAAGUGGAAGAAUAUGAGGAAGAGGAGGAGGAUGAAGACCAUUGUGAGUCAAAUCCUGUUAAACUGGCUCUACUUGAACAAGAAAUAGAUCAGUUGGAGGAGAAAAUUGACCAGAAAACUAUGCAGCAGCAAAUGAACCGAAGCAAGAGAGGAGAUGCUGAGAAAGAGAUGCCAAAAAAAGAAAUAAAAUGAGGAGUCAAAGAGAUGAGUGAAUGAUAAAGGGUCUUAUCAGUGAGCCAACAUAUGGAAACAACAGAAGCACUAAAUUGAAAGAUUUGAAAUGAAAAAUGGUAAGUGGGAAGGAAUAAAGCAGUUGAAUUGAAAGGACCUGGAAAGAUUUAGAAUAUAGAAAAUAGAAGAAUUUACACAGAUGUUAAGGGGUUGAAAACAGAUUAUAAGAGGAAUCUAAUGAGACAGAAAGAAAAGAAGCCUAUAAACACUCAUGUUGUGUUGUUCAGGAAAAUCAAAGAUGAUAUAGUAAGAAGUAAGAGAAAAACAAGUAGAUUUGCAUUUCUUUAAAUAAAUACCAGUGGAUGCAAACUGAUGCCACUCAGCAUGCAUCUUUUUUUCCUGUGUGCUACACACGAGAAUCAACAUUCUUGUUAUUUAACUGAAAAAAUGUUAAAUAUGGUAAUCACCAUUAAGUAUGCAGACGAAAAAUUCUAAAUUAAUUUUUAGGGUUGUAGGUUUAAAACAAACCACUAAACUUUGAUAUUUAAGGUGUAUCAAUAAUGUUCACUCUUGUAAACAAUGUAAAUAAAUAAAUGAAUGAGAAUGUGUGUGAAAAAACAGACCACUGUAAAAAUGUGAAGGGCUUACACAGCAUAAGGGUUGAGUCAGAAACUUUACCCUCAACCUGUUUCCCACGGCCUGUAGUCUAUAAUUAAGAUUCUCACAAUUGGCUAGUGUGGUUUACAACACACACACACAGAAAUCUGUUUGUUUCAGUUCCUUCAGCAAUAUAUCCAUGAAGCAUUCUUUUGUGGCUUUACAUUAAUCAAAUUGUUCUUGUGGAAAAAAAAAAAAGGGAUCCACCUUAAACCAG